GAGAGCGAGAGAGAGAGAGAGUAUUGAUGUUCCUUUUCACCAGCUCGCGGACAAUGAAACGCUCCCCUUCCUCCGUCACUCAGCACCACACGGACCUGUUUCCUCGCUGUUGUAUUUUGUUAGAAAACUAAACACCGUCGGGGACUUUCUCCCGCUGAUAACUGCGAGCUUCAUAUCGAGCCUGCUCAGUCUGCCCCCGCCACCAGCAGGACUGUCUCCCGGUCACUCUUCACUUCAGUCGUUCAAGUCGUCGCGAGGUAAGCUUGAGAGGUGAGCGGUGUGAACAGUGCUGGAAUGCAACAGGAUUAUCAUCUGACCUUAACUCAGAGGAGGCGAAGUGACCAGACCAUUAGAUCACACAUUUUCUGCUGCACUACAAUGCGUUUGAGGUUAUAAUGUCUGCCCUGCAGCACGUUAUUCUACAGGAUAAAGACCAGGACGUUGAGAAGAAGCUGGACUGGAGUUGCAUUGAGUGGGGUGAAAAUGAAGUUGUCACCACAGGUGUGGCAAAUGCACAGACACAAACGGACUGGGGGCCUUUUCAGCACAAGGAGUGUCAGACCAGCAACCCCAUCAUAAUGCACAUAGAUCUUACACGGACACACUCCAAGCUGAGACAUAAGUCCCUGGGGGACAUUGACGGCUUGGUCCCACCUUUCUUUCAGUUUGACCGGCAGGCCCCCGCGCGCAUCUCCACGUCUCCCACCUUGAGGAGGAUGAGGAGCACUAGACGUCCUUUGAUGGAUACCCGGGAUCCUGUGAUGAUGGGGAGCACUCAGGAAGAGCCUUCCUCUGGGAGUACACCCCCUGCCAUAAGACCCCUGUCCCAAGUACACAGAGUCAAGUCUCCUCUUGCAGCCAGCCCCAUCUCUGAUGGAGAGAUCUGUCACGAUUAUCAGCCCAUUUCAUCCUCCGGCCAUCAGAGAACCAGAUCUCAUAGAUCAAAGACUUUUGACAACUGUAUCACUUCCACAAGACAAGAAUGUCACAGUGCUAAUCCUGCUCUUAUUAAAGAUUUUAGAUUUCCCGAUAGUGGAAUACAGGAGAAAGAGCAUUGCUAUAAUAGUUCCCUCAGGCUUCAGGAAAGGAGACGGAGCUCUGUGGUGGUCAGCUUGCCCGGACUGGAUGUUUCACCAGGAGACCUUUUUGUUUCCAAUGGAGCGGCUGACAUAUUAAACAGUUCAAACUUCUCUGAUACUAAGAAGUCGAAGUGGCCCUUUUCAAGGCGUAGCACGACUAAAGGGAAGUCGCAGACGGGCACGGCAUCAGAUAUUGAAAAGUAUCUCUCAACAUCACAGAUUCAAGACUGGAGAAACUCUGACCUUCAGAGGUAUAAGGAAUACUCUCUGGCAGAGUUCCUGCGGGACCAGUCUUCCCAGAUGAGCGCGGCUUCUGAUCCUCAGGGCUUCAAAAGACAAGAGGCCAUCUGGGAACUCUUCACCAGCGAGUGUGUUUACUUCCUGGAUCAGCUAAAGGUUCUCAAAGAGGUGUUUUUGGCUACACUCACAAACCUGCAGAUGAGGAACUGUCUGACCGAUGUCGAGUUUUGGAGGCUGUUUGCAAACCUCAAUGAGCUUUGCCUGGUGAGCUUUGGUUUCCUCAACAACCUCCUCCGCGUCAUCAAGGACACGUUGGAGAUUACGGAGGGUGGCGGGCCCACCCUGCUAGAGCUGCUGAGCAAGGCUUUCCGGGAGAGCGUAUGUCUCUGCCUGCAGAAGUACUGCCUCAACUACUCCACGGCUCUGCUUUAUCUGGACAGCCUGAAGCCCAGAGAGGACUUUGGAUCCUACGUGAAGUGGUGCGAGAGGAACGAACAGUGCCGGAGGCUGCAACUGCGUGACCUGUUGGUGGCGCCGCUGCAGAGGCUAACUCGGUACCCGCUGUUGUUGCGGAAUAUCGAGAAGAGAUGCCAAACAGAUGACGAGACCAGAGGCCUGCGGGUUGUAACGGAGCAAGUGGACACGUCUAUAUGUGAUUUAGAGGGAAAGGUGAAAUGGCUGGAUAACUACCAGAAGGUGAAACAGUUGAGAGAUGCCCUGGUGUGGCUGCCUGUAUGGGAGAGAGACAAGCGCGCCGUCGUCCCUGAGAAUCUGAAACAUCUCUUAAAGGCCGUCACUCUGGAGAAUCUCAUUUCUCACAGAAGUCUGCUGCACGAAGGGAAAAUGGUGCUCAUAGAGAACACGAAGCUGAUCGAUGUUUAUCUGUUCCUGUUUGACGAAUUCCUGUUGAUCACGAAGAUAAAGAGAAACAAGAAGCGCUCCAUCGGUCCUGAGCAGAAUCCUCUCAGGAUGCCACAGAACCAGGAGCUGGAUCAGCUCCUGAAGGACGGAUGCACCUUCACGGUUCUGGACCAGCCUGUCUCUCUGGACCGACUCCAGCUGAAGAACGUUGAUCAGCUCAAUGCCUCGACGUCGGGGCUGCCUCAUUCUUUCAUAAUCAUGCACCAGAACCGCUACCAGCAGUGCAUCGGUGCGUUCAUCCUGCAAGCUGCGUCAGAAUCUGCCAAGAGAGCGUGGAUGUCAAAGAUAGAGGGCGCUGUGUCUGCGCUGCUGAAGCUGGACUCUCAGCAGCCGCGGCUCAAGAGCUCCUCACUGUGGCUGGAGUCUUCACAGAUAUGAGCUCUCAAACAGCAGCACUAGAAGCCAUCGGCAAUGUCUCUACUUUCAAUGUGCACUUCACUGUCUCCUCAUUUCUUGUAAAUGACUGUAGCACUAGGAUCGUUUUGUAAACGUAAUGUUUGCCUUUAAAGGCAGCUGCUGCCAGUAGUGUACAAUAAAUAUCUGAUUAUGUAGUAAAAGUUGUU